AUGGCAGCCGACAAGGAGAUCAGCGAGCAACAGGUGGCUCGAGCCUCUUCAAGUGGCAGUGACAGAAAGCACGAAGAGGAACACGAUGAUCUUUUCUGGACAGAGGAGGAGGAGGCUACCCUUCUUCGGAGGGUUGACAUUUUGCUUAUGCCGACCAUGAUCCUUGGAUUUUUCGCACUACAGCUUGAUAGAGGAAACAUUGGCAACGCAUUAACUGAUGGCUUCUUCAAAGAUGUGGGCAUCACGCAAAAUCAGUUCAACACAGGCCAACAGCUCUUGUCCCUGGGUAUCAUUGUUCUCGAAAUUCCUAGCAACAUGAUCCUGUACAGGGUCGGGCCUACACUGUGGAUCGGAGGCCAAAUCAUUGCAUGGGGGCUUGUCGCCACAUUUCAAGCUUUCCAGAAGGGCUAUACAGUAUAUGUAAUCACUCGACUGCUUCUAGGACUCUGCGAAGCGGGUUUUAUCCCAGCUUGUCUGUUCACCAUGUCCCGGUGGUAUAAGCGAGACGAAAUCAGCAAACGUUUCUCGUGGUUCUUCAUGGGAAAUCUUGUCGCGUCAGCGAUGUCAGGCAUCAUUGCCUUUGGAAUUCUCCGCAUGCGAGGAAUCGCCGGUCUGAGCGGAUGGCAGUGGCUCUUCAUCCUUGAGGGCAUUUUCACCGUUUUAAUUGGUUUCACAUUUCUUCUAUUCUUCCCAGACCAAGUCACAAACCCCAAGUCACUCCUAGGCUUGUGCUAUUUCACCGAGCGGGAGGCCCAGAUUCUCUAUCACAGAGUAAUCCGUGAUGAUCCCUCCAAGAAACAGGUGGGAACACACAUCACGCUGGAGGACUUCAAGAGCACGUUCACCAACUGGCGUAUUCUCCCUCACAUUGGCUUCACCAUUGCUGGCAUGGCGCCACCACAGGUCAUGGGCUCAUAUGCUCCAACUCUGAUCACAAGCUUCGGGUACAGCGGUCUUCAAUCCAACGCCAUGGUAUCCAUUGGCUACUGGGGUCUCCUUUUCUGCAACCUACUUUGGGGUUGGGCUUGCGACCGUCUAGGUGUUCGUGGUCCUAUGGUCCUCCUCGGUUUCAUCCUCGGAUUGGGUUUUAACAUUGGAAACAAAAUCGCCGUCACCUCUUCCAGCGCACAGACGAAGUUUGCCAUCCUGAUAACCUCCAUUGUUUUCUCCUGGCCCUGGCACGCGGUAAAUGGUUCUUGGUUGUCACUCAACGCCAGAACACCUGGCGAGCGAUCCAUCACCAUGGCACUGCACAUCAUGGCCGCCAACUGUUCGGGUAUUGUUGGCAAAGCACUGUUCCGGGAGGACGAUGCACCCCAUUAUCCAAGAGGCUUCUCUAUCAUUGUGGCUCUUAGUGCGAUUGGUGUUUUCCUUUCGGCGUUGGCGAAUCUGCAGUACUAUUUUGGCAACGACCGUGUGUUGAAGCGCAAGGGGCUUCGUUAUACGUACUAA